AUGCUCAUUGUCUCGUCCCGCAGUGCGCUGCUGUCGGUCUACUAUCCCCAGAUCUUCCUCAUCCUCACCAGCGGUAGCUACCUGUAGGUUGGCACGUGCUUUUUACCCUUCUCUUCAACAGGUGCUUGUAGAGCCAUGUGAUGGUGUUGUGCAUUUGUAAGACCUCUUUAAAUUUUGAAUCUCUAUUAUGCACUAAUUUAAUUAAUUUGUUGAUUAGGCCAUUUAGGCACGUUAAAAUUAUAGAGCAUGUGUGGUUUAUAAUGCAAUUUCACUAUACAAUGAUCAACUCAAAUAAGUUAUUGGAACUUAUAUAAUAGCCUAUUGUAAAAUACUGGGAUCGAUAUUGGCCUUGACAUUAAAUUGUUGGUGCCAAACAACAAAUAUCUGUUCGGUUUUGUGACUGAAAAUAUAAUAUUUUAUAACAAAAUCUAUAAGAACUUAACAAGAAUAAAAACGUUUAAUGAACAUGUCUGUGGAAGAGCUUAAUUUAAACUUAGCUGACAAAAUGUAUUUUCCAACUAGCCUAAAAGUGGUACAGUCAAUGGAGAGGUUCACAGACAAAUGAAAUGAAAUCAAUAUUUUGAUGGCUUUAUAAAUGACUUAUGUUAUAUUCACAGUGUUCAAUAACUAAAUUGAUGAGAUUACCUGACCAGUUGGAUCUACGCAUUGCAACAUGACCAUGUUCUCUACACCCUAUAUUUGUAAAGCAACAUAUGGAAAAGAGCAACAUGUUGCUCGAUGACAUCCUGUGUUCUGUAGACAUAAACCAGUAGAACUGUACAACUGGUUAUUUUCUUGUUACAUUAAAAGACCCGGGCCCUCACAGAACGAAUGAUUACUGCACAGAUAGGUUUCAUACUUGCACAGACAGACCUGACCAAUACAUAAAACAGCCCUAGCUGAGGUUCAUGUAUUUAGUUAUAAUGAAGGCUAUAAGCCAGAGUUGGUUUGUUGUCUGUUCUUCAUCGGCUAACCAUUGUUUGCUUUUGUGCAUUUUAAAACCUGAUUCAGUGACCCGAAGUAAAUCUUACACACAGUGGUCCUUUAAAAUUUAUAAGGGUCAUGUUGCAGGUUUUGCUUGUUUAUCUGAAGUCAGUAUUUAAAGUGUUAUUUCGUCAGUCUCAAAAUAUAAUCAAUCAAGUGUAAACCAGAAGUUAUUGGCAAAUAGUUUACAAUAAAGAUAUUGGCCCUUUUCUGUGAUUCGGCUCAUUUUCAGGGUUAUGGCAAGCCACACGAGUCACGCUCCCCAUCCCUUUCUCUAUUUGUAAGAAGGCGGUGGAGAGGGGUCGUUCCUAACUGGCUCAGAUCUAUAAGGUCACAAUAAACAAUCUCAGUGACCUGUGAGCUUGUCUCGGACCUGCUGUGUGUCUUAAAUCAGCUGUGUGUCUUAAGUGCUCUAUCUAGAUUGGUAGCGAAACUACCUGUGAGCCAAACCAAAACUUGACUGAUGUGAGGGAACACUGUAGCCCAUGGGGAGACCUGUAGAAUCUGUAGCUUCAGUCCAUGCCGCGUCGAUUCUGCCCCGCCAACUCUAUGCCGUGAUGUUUAACUAUCUCCCUCUCUCUCCCCUCCCCUUCUCCCUCUCUCUCCCCCCCCAUAGGGCGCUGUCCUCGGUGGUAGCGUUGGGCGCUAACAUCAUCUGCAACAAGAUCCCUGGGCUGGCCCCGAGGCAGCGCGCCCUCUGCCAGAGCCGCCCAGACGCCAUCAUCGUCAUCGGCGAGGGUGCCCAGCUGGGCAUCAACGAGUGCCAGUACCAGUUCCGCUAUGGCCGCUGGAACUGCUCUGCCCUGGGCGAGAGGACCGUCUUUGGACAAGAGCUGAGAGUAGGUCAGUCUACCUGCUGCAAUUAGUCUAGUCAAACACACAUCACUUGAUAGGUGGUGCUUGGCCAAAGAAAAACUUGUAGGGACAGUUUCCUGGACACAGAUUAACCCUAGUCCUGGACUAAAAACUAUUUUCGAUGGAGAUUGCCCAUUGAGCUUGCUUUUUAGUCCAGGACUAGGCUUAAUCUGUGUCUGGGAAAUCACCCCGUAUAGAUGAAGUAGGACCUGCAAUGGUGUUGGGUCCUACUUCAUUUCUACAUUCUCUAAAGUGUGGCUGCUCCACACUGAGAAGGAUAUAGUAAUGUUUUAUGAUGAUGAUGAUGCAGUGAUUGCAUCAGAAUGCCCACCAGACCAAGCAUUGGCUAGAAAUAGUGGAGAGGUGAGCAUCUGAUUGUGCCAAGUUGGCAGAUUGAGCAGUCACUGGCUUUUCCUGUGCCCCGAUGAAAACGUAUAGGUCUACUGUCAGUGACUAGUGCCUAACUCACAGUCCAACCAACGCAGUCCAAGGUGCAUGACACAAAGCGUAAGCUGGAUAUAUACAAAAUAUGAUCAGCCACUCUUACAGGAAAAUGAAAGCUCAAUUAAAGUUGUUUCUGUUGAACUUCCUUUUUCUUCCCAGUGGCUAUGUUCAGGCCAGGGCACUGGUUACAGGAGAGGUUAUGGUAGUCAGUUCAGGGACAUACGAUUUGGUGAAGGAGGGAGCGAUAGCUACCAUCAUGGCCAAUUGGGUUGUUGUAGUGAGUGUGGUGCUUCUCCUGCAAUAGAAGCAAGGAUGAGAGGUUCACAAACUAGACCUUCUCUUCAUUAGAGUGAAGAGUGGAGCUCUAUGGUUAGUGAAACUACUUCAGUGAAAUCUUCCAGUGAGAGUACUAUUCUUUCACCAUCAUGCUCCUUCAAUAACCACAGUGAAUACCGUACUUUGACUCCAUAAUAUCAGGCAUACGGGAACAAUUGAAACUUGAAGCCGUGAUGCUAGUGUCCUGAAGGGGUUUCAAUCCUACAACAGUCAGUCCUACAUGUGACCUCAUUGUGUAGAAAUAUGUCCUGCCUCUGGCCUUGAGUUUGGUUUGUGACAUUCAUUCUUACAACACCGACUGUCCUAAAUACAGUAGGUCUAUAAUAAUGAUUGUGUGAAAAUGAACCAGAUAGUCCUUAGAAGUGCAUCCUCUCCUAACUAUCUAUACUCAUAAUCAAAGUGAUCUCUAAACAUCGCUCUGAUCUGCUUUUAGUCAGUAUUCCCCUAUUAUUUUAUUUCCCACAGCACACCAGUAGUAUUGGUCUUAAAUUGUCUAUCAGUCAGAAAUGUUUUGUUGCGGUCUCGCUGUGGUUUGGGAACUGUGUUUAAUCCAACAGCUCUGGGAACAAUCACUCCUCUCACAGACAGGUGGACUGCUGGAUCCAGGAUCCAUCUAGUUCUUUUGUUUGAGGAAAGGAAAUGUAUCUAUUCCUCUGUUCACCGUGGUGUGUUAGGAUUAUGGUGUGUUAGGGGGCUAAUAGGGACACUCAGCUUGUCCCUCUACUGACUGUAUGUGUUGGGAGAGAUUGAUAUGACAAUAACUCUGUCGAUCUACUGGGAAGUUAUGGUGGGACUCACCUCUUGGGUUGUUGUUGGUAGUGAUGAAAUGUUGGAUUGGUAAUUCACAGGGCCUGGACAGGCUCAUCCUAUGGUCAGUUGAUCCAUUCGAGUUCAUGCAUGUGUAAAGGCAUCACGGGUGUCAAGAAGUUCCUCUUCAAACACUUAAUUUGAUUGACCUGCAAGGACAGAGAACAUAUAACAUAACUAUUGAGUGAGACCAGAGUUUCUGUCUUGACCACUAAUCAAAGUCAGCUACAGCAGUUAGAAUACCAACAACAAUGGAACCAAGCAUGUAUUACUCUACAAUCAAAACACAUUUUAUAUGCUGGGGACGACGUUUGGCAGCUCGAGGAAAACAUUUACUAUUCUACAUUUACCAAAAGUUCUGGUUCCCUGGUUCGGACUGAUAAGAGAAGACUUCAGAGUUAGUUUAAAGUUAUGGAUCAGGGAGCCACUGAGCUAAUGGGAUCUAUGCGUGAGAAGCCACCCCAUCGCCUUCCACUAGACGCCAUACAUUAAUACUCAGGUUGUUGAGGAAUGGAAGCCAACAUAGUAUCUUAAUUGAGGAGGGAAAUGUCCUAUUACAAGGAACAACACAAUAGUAAUGUUAAAUACAGUAAUUAAUUUCCUUUCCAUGCUGUAAAUGUUAAUGUGUUUGUUCUGAAAUGGAAAGCGUGCCAUUUGAAAGGAUCUUACGGGUAUUUAUCGUUGCUCUGAUGGUGUAGUUUGACAGAUUGAUCAACGGCAUAGCAGAUGUGAGAAUGUAUCGUGUGGUUGUGGGUCUAUAACUCAUGAUAAGUUACCACUACCAGCUACAAAAACAAUAUGAGUAAUGUUCACUUAAGAUUUAUCUAGCAUCUUUAAGCAGAUUUGUGUGUUUAUUAACUUCUUAUAAAUCAUUUACAAGACGUUACAUUACAUCCAUAAACAACUUGUCUAGAGUGAAGGUAGUGAGUUCAAUAACGCUACAUUGUCAGCUAGAGAAUGACAAAUGUGUUGGCUGAAGCAGAAACCAACUGGCACACAUUAAGUGCACUUAUAGAUAGGAUAAUCUACACUGAACAAAAAUAUAAAUGUAACAUGUAAAGUGUUGGUCCCAUGUUUCAUGAGCUGAAAUAAAAGAUCCCAGAAAUGUUCCAUACGAUGAAAAUAUUAUUUAUCUCAAAUGUUGUGCACAAAUUUGUUUACAUCCCUGUUAGUGAGCAUUUAACUUCUGCCAAGAUAAUCCAUCCACCUGACAGGUGUGGCAUAUCAAGAAGCUGAUUAAACAGCAUGAUCAUUACACAGGGCCACUGAUGUCAACGUUGUGAACAGAGUGCCCCAUGGUGGCUGUGGGGUUAUGGUAUGGGCAGGCAUAAGCUAGGGAUAACGAACACAAUUGUAUUUCACUGAUGGCAAUUUCAAUGCACAGAGAUACCGUGACGAGAUCCUGAGGCCAAUUAUCGUGCCAUUCAUCCGCUGCCAUCACCUCAUGUCGCAAGGAUCUAUACACAAUUCCUGGAAGCUGAAAAUGUCCCCCAUGGCCUGCAUACUCACCAGACAUGUCACCCAUUGAGCAUGUUUGGGACAACAGCCAUUGAAGAGGAGUGGGACAACAUUCCACAGGCCACAAUCAAAAGCCUGAUCAACUCUAUGCGAAAUAAAUGUGUUGCGCUGCAUAAGGCAAAUGGUGGUCACACCAGAUACUGAUUGGUUUUCUGAUUCACACCCCUACCUUUUCUUUAAGGUGUCUGUGACCAACAUACACAGAUCUGUAUUCCCAGUCAUGUGAAAUCCAUAGAUUAGGGCCUAAUGAAUUGAUUUCAAUUGACUGAUUUCCUUAUAUGAACUGUAACUCAGUAAAAUCUUUGAAAUUGUUGCAUGUUGCAUUUAUAUUUUUGUUCAGUAUAUAUACUCUAUAAUACUAUAGCACAUACUAUAUCAUCUAUAAUACUAUAGUACUUAUACUAUAGUAAUAGUAUAGUACAUACAGUAGUUUUUACUGUAUCUGAUGUACAGACACAGAUACAGUAAGGCUCCUCUGGUCAACCAGCAGAUGUCACUUGGGUUUUCUCAGUGGAGUCUUACACAGCCCGCCUGUUAAAAAUUAGGGCUCUGAUGAGAGUCAGAUAAACAGAGACUAUCAAAUAAGGAAUGGUAGGUAUUUAUUAGCCUGUUACAGGUUAAUUACAUUACAUUAGUAUAAGGCAAACUGCAGUCAGGUCACUCAGUAAUGUAAAGUAUGGCUGAAUUUUGUUGUAGUGGGCCACAAGCCUUUCAUUAGGCCACAACAUAAAAUACUGUACUGUAACAUAAAAACUCAUACUAUGUACUGUAAUGCACUACAACUCACCUAGGACUACUGCAAGGUAACUCUUUCCCCUCUCUCUCUCUCUCUCUUCCCCAGGUAGCCGAGAGGCGGCGUUCACCUAUGCCAUCACGGCAGCUGGCGUGGCCCAUUCGGUGACAGCAGCGUGUAGUCAGGGCAACCUGAGCCAGUGUGGCUGCGACCGGGAGAAGCAGGGCUACCAUGACCAGGAGGAGGGCUGGAAGUGGGGAGGCUGCUCGGCCAACAUCAAGUAUGGCGUGGAGUUCUCCAGACGCUUCGUGGAUGCCCGAGAGAUCAAGAAGAACGCCCGACGUCUGAUGAACCUGCAUAAUAAUGAGGCAGGACGAAAGGUGAAGUGACUGACACUGCUUGUCUUGUUGUCUGGGGUUUUUAACACGCCUAACAAAAAUGUAGUUGUUCUGUAGUGAUCUAGAAUAGAAGACAAUAGAAUAUAAUAAAAUAUCCCAGAAAUGUUCCAUACGCACAAAAAGUGUAUUUCUCUCCAUUUUUCUGCACAGAUUUGUUCAUAUCCCUGUUAGUGAGCGUUUCUCUUUUACCAAGAUAAUCCAUCCGCCUGACAGGUGUGGCAUAUCAAGAAGCUGAUUAAGAGCAUUAUCAUUACACAGGUGCACCUUGUGCUGGGGACAAUAAAAGGCCACUCUAAAAUGUGCAGUUUUGUCACACAACACAAUGCCACAUAUGUCUCAAGUUUUGAAGGAGGAUACAAUUGGCAUGCUGACUGCAGGAAUGUCCACCAGAGCUGUUGCCAGAUAAUUGAAUGUAAUUUCUCUACCAUAAUGUCGAUUUAGAGAAUUUGGCAGCACGUCCAACCGGCCUCACAACCGCAGACCACGUGUAUCCACGCCAGCCCAGGACCUCCACAUCCGGCUUCAUCGCCUGCGGGAUCGUCUGAGACCAGUCAACCGGACAGCUGAUGAAACUGCGUGUUUGUACAACCAAAGAAUAUCUGCACAAACUGUCAGAAACCAUCUCAGGGAAGCUCAUCUGUGUGCUCGUCUUCCUCACCAGGGUCAUGACCUGACUGCAGUUCGGCGUCAAAACCAACUCGAGUGGGCAAAUGCUCACCUUCGAUGGCCACUGGCACGCUAGAGAAGUGUGCUCUUUACAAUGAAUCCCAUUUGUUUCCUCUGGAUUGAUGUGUACGACAGAGUGUUCCAGUUCCCAGCAAUAUCCAGCAAAUUCGCACAGCCAUUGAAGAGGAGUGGGACAACGUUCCACAUGCCACAAUCAACAACUCUAUGCGAAGGAAAUGUCACACCAGAUACUGACUGGUUUUCUGAUCCACGCCCCUACCUUUUUUUAAAGGUAUCUGUGACCAACAGAUGCAUAUCUGUAUCCCCAGUCAUGUAAAAUCUAUAGAUUAGGGCCUAAUGAAUUUAUUUCAAUUGACUGAUUUCCCUAUAUGAACUGUAACUCAGUAAAAUCUUUGAAAUUGUUGCAUGUUGCAUUUAUAUUUUUGUUCAGUGUAAAUAUAAGUUCAGAGGAGACAGCAUCGCUGUGCUAAAUUAUGCUAUACUAGUUUAAAACAGAGGGUUUCAGAAUGUGUGUGUGUGUGUGAGCGCAUGCGUGUGUGCCUGCCUAUGUGUGGGUGUGUGUGUGAACGCGCCCCUGUGUGUAUGUGUGUGUGUGAGCGGAGGGAAUGCAAGGCCGGGCAAACCGGCUGCCAAAUGGAGGCCUGCAAUAACCCUGCAGUCCCAUUCAUUGAAUUACAGAGCAUUAAGUCAGGAUACAGGAUAUUAUUGCAAAGUCUCUCUCUCUUCCUCUGUCGAUGCAGCACCCAAAACCAAGCUGCUGCAUCACUGCACACACUGAACCAACCUAAUCAAGAGCCAAUUCCCCUAACUUGAUAGCAGGGCAGAUCAAGAGCAACAGGCUUGAUACACUGAUACAUUCGUACAUGAUAGGCUAGUAGGCUACAGUACUGGCCACCCAGUAAGAAGUUUUACUUUAAUUCCUAUUGACAAUGCAUCUAAUGUCAACACUGAUAGAUAUGGCUUUGUGUUAGAAGAUGCUGUAUUUUGGGGGGAACAUUAGGUUACAUAAACAUUUCAGAUUUGGUCACAACUAUGUAACUCAACCCUAAACUGUUAUCUGUCAAAUGCGUCCGCUGAAUACAUCUGCGAGGCAUCAAAACUUAAAUUGCACAUUUACCUCAGUAAAACGUUAUACAUGUUCUGGUUACAUGAGAGUUCUGGUCGUUUUUUCUGUCCAUUGUGGUCUUUAGGAAGGUAAAGUUAGUAAGAGAGUAGAGGCUUGAACCAUAAGUUAUUUUCCCUUUGUUUUUUUUUUACAUAUACAGUGAGGGAAAAAAGUAUUUGAUCCCCUGCUGAUUUUGUACGUUUGCCCACUGACAAAGACAUGAUCAGUCUAUAAUUUUAAUGGUAGGUUUAUUUGAACAGUGAGAGACAGAAUAACAACAAAAAGAUCCAGAGAAAUGCAUGUCAAAAAUGUUAUAAAUUGAUUUGCAUUUUAAUGAGGGAAAUAAGUAUUUGACCCCCUCUCAAUCAGAAAGAUUUCUGGCUCCCAGGUGUCUUUUAUACAGGUAACGAGCUGAGAUUAGGAGCACACUCUUAAAGGGAGCUUGUUACCUGUAUAAAAGACACCUGCCCACAGAAGCAAUCAAUCAAUCAGAUUCCAAACUCUCCACCAUGGCCAAGACCAAAGAGCUCUCCAAGGAUGUCAGGGACAAGAUUGUAGACCUACACAAGGCUGGAAUGGGCUACAAGACCAUCGCCAAGCAGCUUGGUGAGAAGGUGACAACAGUUGGUGCGAUUAUUCGCAAAUGGAAGAAACACAAAAUAACUGUAAAUCUCCCUCGGCCUGGGGCUCCAUGCAAGAUCUCACCUCGUGGAGUUGCAAUGAUCAUGAGAACGGUGAGGAAUCAGCCCAAAACUACACGGGAGGAUCUUGUCAAUGAUCUCAAGGCAGCUGGGACCAUAGUCACCAAGAAAACAAUUGGUAACACACUACGCCAUGAAGGACUGGAAUCCUGCAGCGCCCGCAAGGUCCCCCUGCUCAAGAAAGCACAUAUACAGGCCCGUCUGAAGUUUGCCAAUGAACAUCUGUAUGAUUCAGAGGAGAACUGGGUGAAAGUGUUGUGGUCAGAUGAGACCAACAUCGAGCUCUUUACCUCAGUAAAACCAUCAACUCAACCUCUUUGCCAUCAACUCAACUCGCCAUGUUUGGAGGAGGAGGAAUGUUGCCUAUGACCCCAAGAACACCAUCCCCACUGUCAAACAUGGAGGUGGAAACAUUAUGCUUUGGGGGUGUUUUUCUGCUAAGGGGACAGGACAACUUCACCGCAUCAAAGGGACGAUGGACGGGGGCCAUGUACCGUCAAAUCUUGGGUGAGAACCUCCUUCCCUCAGCCAGGGCAUUGAAAAUGGGUCGUGGAUGGGUAUUCCAGCAUGACAAUGACCCAAAACACACGGCCAAGGCAACAAAGGAGUGGCACAAGAAGAAGCACAUUAAGGUCCUGGAGUGGCCUAGCCAGUCUCCAGACCUUAAUCCCAUAGAAAAUCUGUGGAGGGAGCUGAAGGUUCGAGUUGCCAAACGUCAGCCUCAAAACCUUAAUGACUUGGAGAAGUUCUGCAAAGACGAGUGGGACAAAAUCCCUCCUGAGAUGUGUGCAAACCUGGUGGCCAACUACAAGAAACGUCUGAACUCUGUGAUUGCCAACAAGGGUUUUGCCACCAAGUACUAAGUCAUGUUUUGCAGAGGGGUCAAAUACUUAUUUCCCUCAUUAAAAUGCAAAUCAAUUUAUAAAAAAUUUUACAUGCAUUUUUCUGGAUUAUUUUGUUGUUAUUCUGUCUCUCACUGUUCAAAUACAGUGGGGAAAAAGUAUUUAGUCAGCCACCAAUUGUGCAAGUUCUCCACUUAAAAAGAUGAGAGAGGCCUGUAAUUUUCAUCAUAGUUACACGUCAACUAUGACAGACAAAAUGAGAAAAAAAAAUCCAGAAAAUCACAUUGUAGGAUUUUUGAUGAAUUUAUUUGCAAAUUAUGGUGGAAAAUAAGUAUUUGGUCAAUAACAAAAGUUUCUCAAUACUUUGUUAUAUACCCUUUGUUGGCAAUGACACAGGUCAAUUUUUUUUAACUUUUGUCAUGCAAUAAAAUGCAAAUUAAUUACUUAAAAAUCAUACAAUGUGAUUUUCUCGAUUUUUGUUUUAUAUUCCAUCUCUCAUAGUUGAAGUGUACCUAUGAUAAAAAUUACAGACCUCUACAUGCUUUGUAAGUAGGAAAACCUGCAAAAUCGGCAGUGUAUCAAAUACUUGUUCUCCCCACUGUAUCUAACCCUCAGGUCAUGUCAACCUUUUCCAAACCCUGUAUCCAACCCUCUUCUCACCUUUCCCUCAGAUCCUGGAGGAGCGUAUGAAGCUGGAGUGUAAGUGUCACGGCGUGUCGGGCUCCUGCACCACCAAGACCUGCUGGACCACCUUACCCAAGUUCCGGGAGAUCGGCUAUGUCCUGAAAGAGCGCUACGGCGAGGCGGUCCAAGUCGAACCGGUCCGGGCCUCGCGUCUCCGCCAACCCUCCUUCCUGCGUCUGAAGGAGGCGCGGGGCUACCAGAAACCCACAGACACCGAUCUGGUCUACCUGGAGAGGUCUCCUAACUACUGCGAGGAGGACACGGCGACAGGGAGCACAGGGACGCGGGGGAGGCUGUGUAACCACACGUCACCCCAUACCGACGGCUGCAAUCUGAUGUGUUGUGGUAGAGGCCACAACACCCACCAGUACACCCGCGUGUGGCAGUGCAACUGCAAGUUCCAAUGGUGCUGUUUUGUGAAGUGUAACACGUGCAGUGAGAAGUCUGAGGUGUUCACCUGCAAAUAA